AUAACACAUGCACAGCAGAAAGGUUAUUGUUAGCCAUACAAAGAUGAAUAUCAAUAGCACAAAAGGGCUUCUUGCACUCUUUGCAUUUGUCUUCUUGGGAUGGGGUAAUGCACAAAAUACCCUUGUGCCAGCAAUCAUAACAUUUGGUGACUCAGCCGUGGAUGUUGGGAAUAAUGAUUAUUUGCCUACCCUUUUCAAGGCGAACUACCUUCCUUAUGGAAGGGACUUUGUCAACCAUCAACCCACUGGGAGGUUCUGCAAUGGGAAACUAGCCACUGAUAUUACUGCUGAAACGCUUGGUUUUAAGAGUUUUGCACCUGCAUAUCUUAGCCCUCAGGCUUCAGGGAAGAAUCUUCUCAUUGGAGCAAACUUUGCUUCAGCAGCCUCUGGUUAUGAUGAAAAGGCUGCUAUUUUGAACCAUGCGAUUCCACUGUCUCAACAGUUAAAAUAUUUCAAGGAAUAUCAAGGCAAGCUGGCCAAGGUUGCUGGCAGUAAAAAAGCAGCGUUUAUUAUUAAGGAUGCGCUGUACAUAUUGAGUGCUGGCAGUAGUGAUUUUGUUCAAAACUAUUACGUCAAUCCUAUAAUCAGCAAAGCCUUCACUCCUGAUCAGUAUUCUGCAUACCUUGUUGGUGCAUUUUCAAUCUUUGUUAAGGAUUUGUAUAAAUUGGGAGCUAGGAGGGUUGGAGUGACUUCACUCCCACCUCUAGGUUGCCUACCAGCUGCAAGAACUUUGUUUGGUUUUCACGAGAAUGGUUGUGUCUCGAAGAUCAACAAUGAUGCCCAAGGAUUUAACAACAAAAUCAAGACAGCCGCAGCAAAUCUCCAAAAGCAACUUCCUGGUCUUAAGAUUGUUGUCUUUGAUAUUUUCAAACCUCUUUAUGACCUUGUUCAGUCCCCUUCAAAAUUUGGUUUUGCCGAGGCAAGGAAAGGUUGCUGUGGUACUGGAAUAGUGGAGACAACAUCUUUAUUGUGCAAUCCAAAAUCACCAGGAACUUGUUCUAAUGCAACCCAAUAUGUGUUUUGGGAUAGCGUCCAUCCUUCACAAGCUGCUAACCAAGUUCUAGCCGAUGCAUUGAUUUUACAAGGCAUAGCCCUUAUCACAUAAGGGCUACACAUGGCUCUGUACCACUACUGUUCAUGGAAAUGAAGCAAAAGUUUAUUAUUUCUCGAUUCUGGAGAAGCCAGUGUUGUAGUAUUUAAUAAAAUCUUGAGAAAUUUCGGAUUAACUCAUCGUGGAAAUAAUGCAUGUAGGAAUGCUUAUACUUAUUUGUUCUUUUUUAUCCUGUUCUCCUUAAUCAAGGUCAUUGUGAAAAUCAAGGAACAAAUGAAAUUCAAAUUUGAAAUGAA